AUGCAGUCUGUUGCUCGUGGUGUCGCGCGCGGUGCGCUGAGGAGCAACCUCCGGCGCGGGGCUAUCCGGACUAUGGCGAGCGAGCCGCAGACGGAGACUGCGACGCCGCCGGCGGGCAAGAAGCCGCUUAUGAAGGAGUUCAAGAUUUACCGCUGGAACCCCGACGAGCCGGCGAAGAAGCCCGAGCUGCAGAGCUACAACAUCGACUUGAACCAGUGCGGGCCCAUGGUACUGGACGCGCUGAUCAAGAUCAAGAACGAGACGGACAGCACGCUCACGUUCCGCCGGUCCUGCCGCGAGGGCAUCUGCGGCUCGUGCGCCAUGAACAUCGACGGCCAGAACACGCUCGCGUGUCUGUGCCGUAUCGACAGGAACGAGGCGAAGGACACCAAGAUCUACCCGCUCCCGCACAUGUACAUCGUGAAAGACCUGGUGCCGGACAUGACGCUCUUCUACAAGCAAUACAAAUCCAUCGAGCCCUACCUCCAGAACGACAACCCGCCCGCGACCGGCGAGUUCCUCCAGUCGAUCGAGGACCGCAAGAAGCUCGACGGGAUGUACGAGUGCAUCCUCUGCGCGUGCUGCUCGACGUCGUGCCCGAGCUACUGGUGGAACCAGGACGAGUACCUCGGCCCCGCGACGCUCAUGCAGGCGUACAGGUGGAUCGCGGACUCGCGCGAUGCGGCGGGCGCGCGGAGGAAGGAGAAGCUGCAGAAUGAGUUUAGUUUGUAUAGGUGCCAUACGAUCUUCAAUUGCUCCCGGACGUGCCCGAAGGGCCUCAACCCCGCGGCGGCCAUCGCGAAGAUCAAGCUCGAGCUGGCGGCCGACUAA